AUGCCUACUCGGCCGAGGAAAGUUGCGAUCAACGACAGGGAGUGGGAGAAGCUCAGACAUGUCAUUCGCCAGCUUUAUUUGCAAGAAGACAGGACUCUCAAAGACGUCCUCGUCAUACUCGGAACUCUGCACAACUUCCAUCCAAGCAAGUCACAGCUGGAAGGGAAGCUGAAGCAAUGGCACAUGACCAAGAACAUGACUCCCAUGGAGUGGAAAUACCUUGCCAAAAGGAUUCAGAAGAGGCGCAACCAAGGAAAAGAGAGCAGUGUCUAUCUUUCAGGAAUGUCACUGCGACCAACGAGGAUUGAGAGAUCCACGAGUCGAUAUUGCUAUGAGACCGCAAUUGAGAAGGCCAUGAAGCAGGACACCGAACCUUGGGGCGAGUUUACGGGAGACUUGGUGGACAGGGUCUGGGACGACGCUUACAAGAACUUCUUAGAAGUCGUGCAGUCGCAGGACUGCUCGGCCGCGUGA